CGUGAGUUCGUUAGAACAGAGAACAGUCAUCAUUGAAGUCGACGAACCACAAGGGACAACAGUGUCGUUGAAGGAAGUCGGCGAAUUCACUUUGAGUGGAGGCGGACAUUAUACACAGGUUGAUGAUGGGAGAACUGUGUGUAUAUCUCCUGGUGUGGCUGUACCUGAUACCCAUCACUCAAUCAUCAAUAUCUACUGGUGAUGAUGCCACUGGUCAGUUAGCUUUGGACACUUUGGUCAAAACAGCGGCGACAAAACCUGUAAAAUCAGUCUUCAGUAAAUCAGACUUUCUACCCAGAAAUUUGGUUUCGGAUCCUAACUACACCCCAAAAGACCCACGAUCUUCUGUUUAUGGGGCCGUCCGAGAUGACACACGACGUUCCGACCCAUCUACAGCUAAACGCGAUCCUACCAGACCUUCACGAGAUCCAGCGCUUCAUAACAGUAUUGAUAUUACUGGCCUGUCCGUAACAACGUCUCGCAAACUACGAGACUCAACUCCAAUUGUUUCUAACCUUGAUAGAUCGCGAGAACCAAGCCGCGCUACCCUAGAUCCUGCUCGAUCGCGACAACCAAGCCGCGCUACCCGUGACGAUGCUCGUUCGCGGGAUCCAAUGCGAGCUACCACCGACCCUUUUCGUUCUCGAGAACCAACCAGAUAUCCUGCUCGUUCGCGAGAACCAAGUCGAGCUACACGAGAUCCUGCUCGUUUGCGAGAACCAAGCCGAGCUACCCUAGAUCCUGCUCAAUCGCGACAACCAAGCCGCGCUACCCGUGACGAUGUUCGUUCGCGAGAACCAAGCCGCACUACCCGAGAUCCUGCUCGUUCGCGAGAACCAAGCCGAGCUACCCUAGAUCCUGCUCAAUCGCGACAACCAAGCCGCGCUACCCGUGACGAUGUUCGUUCGCGAGAACCAAGCCGCGCUACCCGAGAUCCUGCUCGUUCGCGACAACCAAGCCGCAAUACCCGAGAUCCUGCUCGUUCGCGAGAACCAAGCCGAGCUACCCUAGAUCCUGCUCAAUCGCGACAACCAAGCCGCGCUACCCGUGACGAUGUUCGUUCGCGAGAACCA